GACUACUCCAAACAAUCUUGAAUUCGUUUACUUACGAUUGCGAUGAUUUUGGCUCAAUCUUACACUGCCAAUCGUAAAAUAAUACCUUGUGCUCCAAGGCAACCAUCGCAACCUAAAUCAUGCACCGCCACACCUUCCUCGAGAAAGCCACAGCGGCCCCGCUGCGACAUAAAAUACUCGACGCGGGAUCGUGCAUAAAUCCCCACCAAACAGUCACUUCCCAAACUCAACACUAAGAAAUCAACUCACUGGCAAGAUGUCGACUCGAGCAGUAACCACCAUCGACAUCCAAGGCAAACUGCCCAAGAUUGCCUCUGGAAAAGUGCGCGAUCUGUACGCGAUUGACGAUGACACACUACUAUUCGUUGCGAGCGACCGUAUAUCAGCGUAUGACGUGAUCAUGGAGAAUGGCAUCCCCGGAAAAGGCGCCCUCCUAACCGCCAUGUCAAUAUACUGGUUCAACUACCUGCCCACCAAAGUCCCCGGCCUAAAAACCCAUUUCCUCUCUUCAGAACUCCCUUCCGCCAUCCAGGACCAAACCUCGCUCAAGGACCGCAGCAUGCAAGUCCGGCGUCUGCGCAUCCUCCCCAUCGAGUCCAUAGUCCGCGGCUACAUCACCGGAUCAGGCUGGUCCGAAUACACCAAAUCAGGAACUGUCAACGGAAUCAAACUCCCCACCGGACUUAUCGAAGGCCAGAAGCUACCGGAACCACUCUGGACACCGAGCACCAAAGCGGAAGUAGGCGGCAAGGACGAGAAUAUCAGCCCUGAGAAAGCGCGAAGCAUGAUUGGUGAUGCCAAGAUUGCGCAGCGCGUUGAGGAACUGUCACUUGCUAUCUACAGCGCUGCUGCGGAUCGCGCAGAGGAAGUCGGUAUUAUCCUCGCGGACACGAAGUUUGAGUUUGGCGUUGAUGAGAUGGGCGAGGUGGUGCUUGUUGAUGAGGUACUGACGCCGGAUAGCUCGCGCUUCUGGCCUAAGGAGUCAUGGGAGAAGAAUCUGGGAAAGGCGCAGCCGAGCUAUGAUAAGCAGUUUUUGAGGGAUUGGCUGACGGGUGAGGGUUUGAAGGGGAAGGAGGGGGUUAAGGUCCCGGAGGACAUUGUGGCGAAGACGGCGGCGAAGUAUAGGGAAGCUUGUGAGAAGCUUACGGGAAAGAGUGCUUGAGGGGUGGUUGUAGCUGCAGUCAGACUCGCGUGGAAGUAGUCGAGAUGUGAACAGAUGGCGCGUUGAUGUCACGUCUGUGCCAGUCAUAUAUAUCAUAGCAGCAAUGGAAGAUAUUUGCAGAUCAG